AUGAUAGAGGACCAAGUGCAUCAACAUCCGGUACGACUACCUCCCGACAAACACGCCCAUAUCGAUGUUACAGGAGCCAAAAUUGAAAAGUAUGUUCAACGAUUAACAAUAUUUCAUUUUCAAUCACAAGUCUCAUGCGCAACUUGCAUACCCUCGAGUCGUGCACGAUAAUAAAAUAAAUUGUGAAUCGAUGGAUCACGUAAACCAUGAACUUCAACGAACUACUCUCUGAACAGAAUUAAGACAUAACUGUCGAUUCGAUCACGUUCUUGCAUUGGAAUUCGAUUUUUUUCGCAUUCAUGUAGAUACGUGUACACGUUGCAAAUGUACGACGUACAUUUCUUACAUUAAUUUCGUUUUUUCUUGUCUCGACAGUGAUCAAUGUCAAGAACCUCUGCUUUCCGAAAAGCAAACUUCCCACAGGCUAAUGUCAGCUCGUGCUCGUUCGCGCACUAUCUCAGAAUCAACAAUCGGAAACGCGAUCAUGGGCACAACUUCGGCCACGAGUACGAAUAUGGUCGCGGUGACGGCUAUGGGAACGGGCACGAAUGCGAACGCAUGGAUGGACACCGUUGUCGGGGUGAAUACCACCAGCGAAUCCGCCGACAAAUCGGCCGACGAGGAUUGCGUCGAGGUGCCGAUAUUCGACGAAGGAACCACGGACAGCGGCCGCCUUCCCGACGUCGUCGCUGAAAUUUACGGCGUAAACGAGGAUGAACCCCUUGAAUCGUACUUGGCGAUCACUAUCCAAGUUUUUAUACCGUUUCUUAUUGCCGGCCUUGGCAUGGUUGGAGCUGGAUUAGUUCUAGACUUGGUUCAACAUUGGGUUGUGUUUGAAAAAGUGAGCGAACUUAUCAUUCUGGUGCCAGCACUGUUGGGUUUGAAAGGGAAUUUGGAAAUGACUCUCGCAUCCCGCCUUUCGACUCAGGCAAAUCUCGGACACAUGGACACGCCGAAAGAACAAUGGCACAUGAUCGUUGGAAAUCUCGUUUUGAUUCAAGUGAGUCUUGAUUCACAUUCUAUUUCUGAUUUUUCCUUGUUCUUUCAUUUUUAUUUCCCCCUAUCCCUAUGGCCAAGCUUUUCAGUGAUAUUUUUUUAUGCAAUCAUUGCUUCUGCCGUUCGGUGUGAUAUUUGUGUAAAGAAGAUCAGUUCGUGUUGGCAGUGCCAGGCGAUAGUGGUUGGAUUUCUGGGCUCUGUGGUGGCGAUCGUCAUGGGAGCGUUCCGAAAUGGUACCAUCUCGCUGGAUCAUGCAUACCUGUUGUGUGCAAGCAGCCUAGUUACCGCGUCCCUGGCAUCAUUCGUCCUCGGAUUGAUAACCGCAGGUGUGAUUGUUUUCUCCCGUCAUUGUCAUAUAAACCCGGACAACGUUGCCACACCGAUCGCCGCGAGUCUCGGCGACAUCACCUCCUUAGCUUUACUCUCUUGGAUAUCGACGAUUCUCUACGAAUCGAUAAAUAAGCAAGACUGGGUCGCGCCCCUGGUGAUUGCUUGCUAUAUCCUCAUCACGCCGCUCUGGGUAUGGAUCGCCAAGAGAAACAAGCACACCAACGACGUUCUUUACUCCGGAUGGACUCCUGUAAUGAUUGCUAUGUUGAUCAGCAGAAGGCACGAACCGACUAUUAAAGUGAACACGAACGACCGCUGUUGUUGGCCAAGCAGUUGCGGUGGUCUGAUACUCGAAUUCAUGGUGUCGCGAUUCGAAAACCUGACCGUUUUCCAACCGGUGAUCAAUGGCGUCGGCGGAAAUUUGGUAGCCGUACAAGCAAGCAGGAUAUCAACAGCCCUCCAUAAACAAGCCGAGCUGGGAACACUCCUAAUACCACCGGGUCACACGCAUCCUGUUAUCUUCAUUACGCCUAUUGCUAAUUUCUUUGGCAAAGGGCAUAUAAUUUUCAUUUACCUGAUUAAUUAUAUGAAGGACGGCAACACUUCGCUAACGCCACUCUUCGUUUUUGUUUACCUGUGUGCCGCCAUGCUGCAGGUGGCCGCUCUCUUGUACAUUGCUUACAUAAUGAUACAUUGGAUGUGGAAACGAAAAAUCGAUCCCGACAAUUCAGCAAUUCCGUAUCUGACGGCAAUGGGAGAUCUAUUAGGCAUUAGUUUAUUGGCAAUUGCUUUCCAAUUCCUCUAUCUCGUCGGAGAUCAAGAUUCCGAUCAAACGAUCGCUCCGUGA